AAGAAUUAGCGAAAGUUUGUUUUUGUGUAAUUAAAACAUACAAUAAACCAUUAUGCAUUAUAAUCCAUAAAAUAAAGCAAACUCAUCAAUUAAAAGCAUAUUAUAGUACCAAUGUGAAUUACGCAUUUUAAAAGUGGUAAUCAAAACCAACAUAAUGGAUCGUUGUCCUGGUCAAUAUUGCGGUCGCACUUUGUAUGACAACGGUAGUUGGUCCGACUGCGGUGCUUGUGAACGUGGCUAUCGCGUAAAUGAGUCUUUCGUUUGUUCACCGUGUCGUGAUGAAUUGAACACUUAUUCUUGGUUGUAUUUAGGAUUUAUGGCAAUGUUGCCACUAAUGUUGCAUUGCUUCUUUAUUGAUUUAAAUGCAAAAGAUCGCAAAUUUUCACGUAAGCAAUUAAUACUUACGGCCUGUGCCUUCAUAGAGGUAGUACUUUCGGCAAUAUUGGCUAUAUUACUUAUGGAACCCAUGUGGGAAUUCCGCUUGCAUUCUUGUGGUGUACGUAAAUUCACUGAUUGGUAUACGUUGUUCUACAACCCAUCUCCAAACUACGAGACACGUUUGCAUUGCACUCAAGAAGCUGUAUAUCCACUUCAAACCAUCGUUCUCGUAUUCUACUUCUUGUGUCUAGCAGCAAUGUUCUUAAUACGUCCAAUUGUGAGCGCCAUUACUGAUGUGCGUGGAAAGGCGCCCAUCUACGCGGCGCUUUACUUCCUCCCACUUCUGACAUCCAUACACGCGCUUGCUUGCGGUCUUAUUUAUUGGUUCUUUCCAUAUUUAAGCAUUGGGAUUGCUAUGAUAACAAACGCCAUACAUUAUUCAAUCAAAUUGGAUCAGACGUUUAAAUCGCUAAUACGCUCUUCCUUGUUAGAAGUUAAAAAUUUUGUAGUUAUUUCUGUACAUUGGCUUUUGUUAGCCUAUGGUAUAAUUGCACUGGGCCAUCACUAUGCUUUUCUAUGUCUUAUCCCAUUCCCUUCGAUUUUCUAUAUUUUAACUGUACGAUUCACGGACCCAGCUGAGUUUCGUGAAGUGGAAUCUCGACAAACCUAGUAUAUUAUUAGUAAUAUUUUAGCUCUUAUGAUUGUAAAAUAUUUGUCUUAAUUUAAAAAUUAAUGUUUUUCGUAAUACGUUUAUGUCUCAAGUAUUUUGUAUUUCAUUUAAUGAAAGCAAUUGUAAUUAAAUACCGGUAUAUAAUUUUGUAAUAAUAGAUUGGUAAACAAAACUAUGAUUUUUUUGCAAUAUCCAAUUUGAAAAAUAGACCCACUAAAGUCGGGAUUUUUAUGCGACCAAAAAACUGUUAGCUCGGAAACAUUCUUCUUAAUUGUUUUGGUAAUAAUGUUUGCUGCUACAACAACAAAUUUAUUUGUUUUCCAAAACAUUACCUACAUUUAUGUUUACCGUGAAAAUAGUUUCGGUAAUUUAUUAUUAACAGAUCUCACCACACCUCUUUGGGUGCAUACUUUUUAAACAUUUGGCAACGCCAAUUCAGUCAGUCGUCUAUUUUUCGUAGUUUCCCUUGCUUGCUGCAGUGAUUUGGUGUGGUGUAAAUAUAGAACAUUGCGGUUAUAUGGUCAUUUUGACCAAGAUAUUCCAGACGAAUAUCAUUCCGGUUAAAACUAAUAUAAUAUAGCAAUUUCAAUUACACAAUCAAGUUUACGUUCGCAAAAAUUGCAAAAACAUUUCGAACAAAGUGCAUGCACAGAUUCUGCUAUAUCGAUAUCUAUCAACUUAACGUUUAAACAAUAUUUCGAAAUCAAGUGAGAAUAAUGCCUAACAAUUGUUAAUUAAUGUUCGCGAUCGCAUGGGUCUUUUAUGCUUCUGUGCGUAUGAAACGUUCUCAAAAGUAAAAAUUCAAAUCUUCUACACAAAUAAAAAAAAACGACUAGGUUAAAUAAUUAACUAACCAAAUAAAAUUGAAUAAAAAUUAAAAAUCAUUAAAACGAACAACAACAUUAAAAAAUCAAUAUACCGCGUGUUUAUGCUCAUGCGAAUCCGGCAGUGUCAAAAAAAAAAAUUCAAAUAAAUACAUGUUUUUUGUAAAAACGCUUAAUAUGACAAAAUAAUGUGUUUUUUAAUCCUGUGUAAACUGACAAAAAAUCAAUAUAUAAUUUAAAAAGUGGUAAACUACUUAAUUUACUCUCUUCAAGCCAACAGUACAUACCAAUACUGUUACUGAUUGGUGCCUGUAAUUUUUAAUAACUUCAAUAUUUUGAUAUUCAGUGAAAGUGGAUUUAUUAAACAAAUCAAUGUUGCAAACUCUGCCUGGUGACAAUAAAAACAAAAGCUCCACCACAGUCCACAGUAUAAAUUAUGUCAAACUAACAAAUGCUCAAUUGUAAUUUUUUUGUCAUUAACAAUUUUUCAUUUCAAUAAUAUUUGUGUGAAGAUUAGAUUUCGUCACCUCAAAAAAACAUGUGGUUUAAAAGAUACUAAACUUAAUUAUUACUUCAUCGAUAUACAAAAUCAGUAACAACGGCAAAAACUAUCUUGAUCCGGCGGAGAUUAUAAUAAGUUAUCAAUUUCGAACUAACAAUAAAUCAAAGAUGUAAUUUGGCAUAUAACGCAGUCCAGUGUAACCAUAGUCAACACAUUAAAAGCAGGCACAAUUCAUGCUGUUAGAAAAAAGGGAUUGGAAAACAAACUCAAUAAUAAUAUCAGGAAUCACGCUAAUCGCCAGUCACAAACAUAUAAUGUGCAUAAUACGCAAUUGAAUAUUGAAUAACACCGACAGCCGUUAAAUAAAAAUAACGCAUUGACGCACCAUAAAAUAUUAUUAGUUGUAUAUAGCGUAAAAGGAUUCGAGUGUCCUGGAAUGUGAGGAAGUGCGUACGCGAGCGUGUGGUGGCAACACAUAGCGUAAAACCGUACCCAUCAUUACUAUAUACACCGUCAACAUCAUCUCCCUAAAAUUUUUUAGUCGUUGUAAUUGAUUUUUUUUUAAUUUCACGUGUAUACGUUAAAUUUACAAAUUUCGUUAAACUUCAUUAAGCACUUUCUCACACUAACCAAGUACUUGGUUUUGUGGCUUAUUUGCACAUAUUUGCAAAACCAUUCAUUUCUUCUGCAUAAACCCACAUUUCAUUUUGCUGGCAGCUAAGGAGAUAACAGACGCAAAAUUGCGACCACAGCAAUAGAAAUGCAAAGACGAGAAAAUCGGGAAAGGCAGAGUUCUGGUGGUGGAACACAGGCUGCUGGAACAUCAGGUACCGGUGGUGGUGGCGGCGGCGGAGGUGGUGGAGGCGGCGGCACGCGUAACACAACUAGCUCUGGCAACAUGUAUGCCACCCGCCAAGCUGUAGGCGCCUCCACGGGGGUACUUAUGGUCGGACCAAAUUUUCGUGUUGGUAAAAAAAUUGGCUGUGGUAAUUUCGGAGAACUGCGUUUAGG